AUGGCCAAGCCGAUCCUCAUCUCAGGCGGCGGACUGGCGUCGCUGCUCCUCGGGCGCUCCCUCCUCCGGUCCAACAUCCCCUUCCAAAUCUUUGAGCGCGACAGCUCCCUGUCGUUCCGCGCCCAGGGCUACCGGCUGCGGCUGUCAAGCGAGGGCCUGGACGCGAUCGAAUCCGUGCUGACGCCCGAGGCCUUCCAGAAGUUCUGGGACGCCUGCGGGAAGACGGGCGGCGGCGGCUUCGCGGAGCUGGACCCCAAGACGGGUGAGGUUGUGCCCGCCGACGGCACGGCACACACGCGGCCUGCCGCCAACGAGGCCGCCGACAAGGCCGAGCAGAAGAUCAAGGAGACGCUGCACUCGCGCGACGGCAAGGUCGUGGGCAUUGCGCGCGGCGACAUGCGGCGGCUGUUCCUCGAGGGCUGCGAGCCCUACAUCAAGUGGUCGCACGCCGUGACGGGGUACGAGCUCACCGGCUCCGGGGUGAGGGCCGUCUUCGCCGACGGCACCAAGUCGGACGAGGGCGCCAUGCUCAUCGGCGGCGAGGGCAUCCACUCCAAGGUCGCGAAGCAGCUGUCGGGCGGCAGGCUCAAGGUGUACGACACGGGGGCGCGCGGCAUCCACGGCCAGGCGCCGACGACGGCCUUCAAGCAGCUCGGCGAGGGCGUGUGGCGCGUCGUCGACAAGACCCGGCCCGGCGGGCGCGUCUUCGUCAUCACCAACGUGCGCGCCGGCGACAUGGACGACCCGGACGUGAGCUUUGGCUGGACCAUGGGCGCGCAGCCGGGCGUCAUCGCCGCCCCCAACGACGACUACUCGCUCAUCGGCGAGCCCGCCGCCCGCAUCGCCCGCGAGCUCACGCGCGACUGGCACCCCCGGCUGAGGCCGCUGUUUGACCAGAUGCAGGAUUCCGAGGCCGCCUUUUGGAAAAUCACAUGCUCCACGCCCUCUGGCGUGCCCGAGUGGAGGAACGAGCCGCGCGUGACGGUGAUAGGCGACGCCGUCCACUCCAUGACGCCGGCCGGGGGCAUUGGUGCCAAUACCGCCGUCAGGGACUCGGCGCUGCUGGGGAGGCUGCUCGGCGAGGCUGGCGGGUAUAGGGAGGGCUUGACGGACGAGUAUGAGCGCGAGAUGAGGGUAUACGGGAGUGAGGCCGUGGCAACGAGUUAUGGCUUGGCGACGGCCCAGUUUGGCGUCACGAUUGAUGAGAAUUCAAAGACCUUGUAA